AACCCUGAGAUCAAGACUUGCACCCUCCACGGACUGAGCCAGCCUGGUGCCGCAGCUUUGCCAAUCUGAUGGCCAGAAGAGCACUGAUCGUCCUGGCCCACGCAGAGAAGACAUCCUUCAACUAUGCCAUGAAGGAGGCUGCGGUGGAGGCCUUGAAAAGGAAAGGAUGGGAGGUCAUUGUGUCGGACCUAUACGCCAUGAACUUCAAUCCCGUCAUCUCCAGAAAGGACAUCACAGGCACACUGAAGGACCCAGGGAACUUUCAGUAUCCUGCUGAGUCUGUUCUAGCUUACAAGGAAGGCCGUCUGAGCCCGGAUAUUGUGGCGGAACAAAAGAAGCUGGAAGCCGCGGACCUUGUGAUUUUUCAGUUCCCACUGCAGUGGUUUGGAGUCCCUGCCAUCCUGAAAGGCUGGUUCGAGCGAGUGCUCAUAGGGGAGUUUGCUUACACAUAUGCUGCCAUGUAUGACAAGGGACCUUUCCGGAAUAAGAAGACCGUGCUUUCCAUUACCACUGGUGGCAGCGGCUCCAUGUACUCUCUGCAGGGUGUCCACGGAGACAUGAAUAUCAUUCUCUGGCCAAUUCAGAGUGGCACUCUCCAUUUCUGUGGCUUCCAAGUCUUGGAACCUCAACUGACAUACAGCAUUGGGCACACUCCUAUGGAUGCCCGAAUUCAGAUCUUGGAAGGAUGGAAGAAACGCCUGGAGAAUAUCUGGGAUGAGACUCCACUGUAUUUUGCUCCAAGUAGCCUCUUUGACUUAAACUUCCAGGCAGGAUUCUUGAUGAAAAAGGAAGUGCAGGAUGAGCAGAAAAAUGAAAAAUUUGGCCUUUCUGUGGGCCAUCAUUUGGGCAAGUCCAUCCCAACUGACAACCAGAUCAAAGCCAGAAAAUGAGACUCACAAGACUUGGUUUCUUUAUAAAAUGCAGCAAAAUUGAGGUUUCUUAUUCAGACUUCCUUGACUUGCUUUAGUCUUUAAGGUGGGUUUCUUUUUCCACAGGGAAUGAAUCGGGGACAGAAUAGACUGUAUUAAUAUAUUUUUGGUUAGUUUUCUUUCCGAUUCUUAUGAUUGCUAUCUUGGCAAAAUCUGGUUAGGCUCAAGAGGUCAUUUAGGUUAUAAAGCAGGGCAAGAAGUAGAAAGAUGCCAGACAAUAAUCUUUAUGGUCCUCUACACGAUUUAAUUCCUCUUAUUAGGGAUACAUUCUUAGGGCCAAAUGUGGCAAGGCAAAAUCCAACUCUUCAAUGAUAUAUUUUUCUUUUAAUCACCUCUCUGUGGCUUAUGGCAGAAGGGAAUUGCUCAGAGAAAGAAAUGACCGAAUCUGUCUGACCCAAGGGACUUGUUUAGUAGUUUGUAAUCUAUGCUUGUUUAUGGUAUUGGUUUUAAUUACUGCACAGUGACUAAUAUGCCUAAUGUUUUACUCUUGCUUCAACCUCUGUUGUUUGUAUACAGUACCUACAGAUACCUUCAAGUAAAAGAUAAUAGAAGUCUCUUUUUUAUUUCUAUCUUCUAAUUUAAUGUCUGCAGAAAUAAGCCAACACCUCUGUACACUACAUCUGCUGCAAUGAAUGAAUUCAGGAAGUAGUUACUCCCGGUACUUAGCAACAGCCUUCUCCAAAUAGUAUUUUAUUUCUGAGCUAUAUAACAUACUGGAAGGUUUCCCUCUAUCAUUGCUAAACUGAUGACUUUCCUUUUGGAUGCAUUUUGGUCCCACAAUUUUGGGGAUGAAAUUGUAAUCCUAGAGUUUCAUUAACUGAACAAUUUUGACAUUAAUAUUCCAACUUCCAAUUUCAAUUAUUAAAGUCGGGCUCACUGUCAGUAUAACUCAAGUAGAAUAUGAUGAAAUGCCGCCCUCUUGUGGUGCACUGAAAGAAAACAGGAGAGAUUAGGCAAAGCCAGGUUGCCUGAAACUGCGAACAGGUCCUGGACCUGCCAAGAAAAUGAGGGCGGCAGACCAGAGCCUCAUGUGCUAGAUGCUGACAGGUACUUGGGUAUUUUUCCCUCUACAAUACACACAAUGGCAUAUGGCUAGGUGCUUCAGUUUGAAAAAUAUUUUCUUGUUACCUUCAUGCUCACUGCAAUUUUGUGUAAAUUUCUAAAAGUUCCCAGUGAAAUAAAUAAAACCCAUUUCUAUAAACAGACCCACUCACUGGUUUCAGUGAAGCUACUGAUAGAGGCAUACAGGCAAAAGUGGAAUCUACUAGGGAAGAUGGGAUUAGAGCAUGCAAUAAGAAAUUAUGGCCCCAGGUGCCUGGCUGGCUCAGUCUGAGAUGCAGCUCUUGAUCUCAGAGUUGUGAGUU